CUUUGUUUUCCUUUUCAUUUUCCUUUGAUAUCUUUGAAUCUGGAGAUCUCUGGUUCUGGUUCUUCAUUUUAACUGUUCAAACACAGACAUUUACAUGAACAGAGUGGCAAUGCUUCCUGUUUCGGAUCUGAUUUUUCUGUUGGUACUUGAAUAUCUGAAAGACCCAAUGUUCUUCUCUGCAAUCCAUCUCCUUUCAGCUGGUUUUCUCGAUUAUUAUGUGGAUGUCUAUUCUUGUAAAAAACUUCUCUUUCUCUUUUGAUUUGCUUCAAAUCUCUCUUAGAUGUUUUCUCCCGGAGCAGAGAUUCCAUAAAUUCUGUUUUAUUUCAUGUUUUAAUGGCUAAUGAUACAUAGAAAGUUGCAGUUUGAGCUUUUGAACUUUCAAUCUUGCCUCUUCCCUUUUUUUUCCCCCCACUUGAGAGUGUUUAUAAAAGUAACAGUACAAAAUUAAGCUCAUAGUGACAGAAGGAAACUCCAUGGCAGAUUCAAAAUAGCUCAUAAACAAUAAAGCAGAUUACGAAGUCUUUUGCCCUUUUUCUCUGCAAUUGCUGUGCUAAGAGGGGAUUUUAAUUGGAAGAUCAGAUGCCAAGAUCGAGGGGAUCGGAGUUGCCUCAGAGGCAAUCUCCCAGAGGUCCACUUUCAGUAAGAGCUUCGAGCUCUGAUUCUGAUUCCCAUCAUAAUCAUCACCAUCAUCGACCUAUUGUUGAUCGGAGCCCAAAGUUGGGAGUUGCAGAACGCCGAUCUCCAAGAGGAUCUCAGCCUGAUUCGUUGCAGCAGAAGAAGCUGGGAACCCGCAUUUCCGACUUGGAAUCACAACUGGGUAAUGCUCAGGAAGAACUCAAGAAGCUUAAAGACCAGUUAGCUUCUGCUGAAGCUUCCAAAAAAGAAGUUCAAGCAGAGCUUCAAAAGAAAGCCCAGAAACCAGAAGCUGCCGUAAAAGAAGCGCAAGGAGAGCUUCAAAAGAAACCCCCGAAAUCAGAAGCAGCCAUAAAAGAAGCGCAAGGAGAGCUUGAAAUGAAAUCCCAGAAACCAAUCGUCUCGGAGACCCAAAAGGAAGAUCAACAUCAACCACCUUCUCCCGAGGAAGUCCAUGAAUCAUCAUCAAAUGAAAAAAAUCUCUGCGACCCAGAUCAGUCCACCGACGUCUUCGAAGUUCCAGUUGAAACUAAACCUCAACAUGACCCCAAAGUCGAUUUCACAGAAACGGUAGCUCAAAAGGAAGAAGAGGAGGAAGAAACUAAAAGAACGGAAGUUGAGAAAUGUGUAGAACCACCAUCACCACCAACACAGCUGUUGCUGGAACCAGAGAAGCCAUCACCAGACAAUUCAGCCCAAUUGAAAGAAGAAAUCAAUUCACUGAACGAGAAAUUGACAGAGAAGGUGAAGGAAUUGGAAAUCUCAAGAGAAGAGAACGAGAGGCUAAAGAGGCAGGCGAAGGAGGCAGGAGCUAAGGCAGCCUCAGCUUUAGCUAAUGAAGAAGAAUCCAUCUUGAAGCUCAACAAAAUUGGAGAAGAGCUUGAAGAGAGUAAGGUUAACCUAUGCAGAUUGAAAGAGAAACACGAAGCAGUAGAAGCAGCGAAGGAGGUGCUGGAGACAGAGAUGAAGAAGCUAAAAGUGCAGACGGAGCAAUGGAAGAAAGCUGCAGAUGCGGCGGCGGCAAUACUCUCUGAUGGUGUGGAGAUGAACGGAAGGAGAGUUGCAGUCCGAUGCGGAUCCAUGGAUAAGCAUAUCGGGAGCGGGUUCGGAGCGGCUGAUGGAUUCGGUGGAAUCGUGGGAUCGCCUCUCAUGGCUGACGAUUUGGACGAUGGAUUCGAAAUCGGCAAGAGGAAGGGUGCUGGGAUGAGGAUGUUUAGUGAUCUGUGGAAGAAGAAGGGCCAGAAGUAGACUGGUUCUGUUCUGGUGGUCCGAUUUGGGUUGGCCCGGCUCCAUUCCUUGAGGUUUUUUUUUGAGUUGCAGAAAUAGUUGCUCACUGUUUCGCACUGGAGCUAAAUUUGACACGUGGUAAGUGCUCUCUGAAAUGUUGUCAAACUGUCAAUGGAUCUUGAGAAAGUGAUAGUUGACGUGACAUGGAGUCAGGAUGGGUCUCUCAUUUUUUUUUUUUUGGGGGGGUGGGGUUUGAAGUGGAUGGGCCUCCAUCAACUCUUAUUUACUGUUUAAGCCUUAAGGAUUUUAAUAGAUGGUACUAUAUAUAUAUCCAACUAUCUAAGCUUGUAUUGGUGGAAAAUUUAUGGGAAUUCGUCAUGUCAGUGUUGGUUAUUA